GAAGGAACUCAUGGACAGCUUCGAAAUGACAGACAUGGGAGAGGUCAAGCGCGUAAUCGGCAUCGAAGUGCAGCGCAACUACGAACAUGGCACACAAGCUAGCCAUAUCUCAAGGACCCUACGCGAGAGAUAUCCUACAGCGAUACGGAAUGGAACAGGCAAACCCGGUCAGCACCCCUGGGUAUGGAGCAGAACUAUCAACCGAGCGGCCACAAGACCAAUUACUCGGACCCGAGGACAAGCAGAGAUUCCAGGCCAUCACCGAGAGUCUCCUGUACCUUGCCCAAUGCACCCGCUACGAUCUGUCAUACGCAGUGCACCAACUGACACGGGCAUGCGCAAACCCAGCACAGGUCCACAUGGCUGCGGCCAAGCACCUACUACGGUACCUACGCGGAACGCCGGACCUGCCGAUCGUGUACAAGAAGGGGCAGUUCAGACUCUCGUGCUUCACUGACUCGUCAUUUGGAGCCAACCCAGACAACGGCAGGUCUACCACCGGAUACCUGUUCUUCCUAGGAGAAGGGCUGGUCAGCUACGGAGCCAAGGCACAGACUCUCGCAGCACAGAACACCGUGGAGGCCAAACUUCAAGCGCUGAGCUUCAGUGCUCGCGAGGCAGUCUACAUCUCCAACUUCAUGACGGAAAUCGGAUUCAAGACCUUUCGAUCGGUACUCAUCAACAGCGACAGCACCGGAGCAUUGACUGUGGCCAGCAACGCGAUGUUCAGCUCUAGAACCAAGCACAUCGCGCUCCGUUUCUUAUUCCUCAGGGAACUCACGAAGGGGCACCGGACCACUCUUCACCACCAACCUAGUGCCACGAUGUUGGCGGACAUCGCGACGAAACAUCUCCCGAAGCAGCGAUUCGCCACCAUCAUGCAACUCAUCAAGGACUUCAAGUGCUAGAAGAUAUUAAGCACAAGAUCGCAUAUGUAUGGUUGAAUGUUUUGGACGCGUGUAUUGCUCACAGGAUGGAUUCACUCAUGUGGAGGUCGAUAUUCUUUGAUAUGGAUUGGGAAUCGAGGGGUCGCAAGAAUGGCAGCGAAGUGAAGGUUGUUUGGAACAUCGGCUACUUGCCUAAUCGAGGGGUCGUGUCGAGGAAAACUGUUACAACGUAGUCAGGCACAGUUUACCAUAGGUGCGACUGCGGCAACUAGCAGCCUUCCGUAGACAUAAUACAGAAAGAAGAGAUGGUACUCAGCAGAGAACAUGAGCACAGAGUUGUAGCGGAGAUAAUUUGGCAGGCGAGACUGUGGUCGUUUUCUUGUUCCAAACCCCGAAUUCCGAGUACUCGGGCCAUUACUCCGGAGACCCUCGGAACCUGCUGUGUUUUUGCUGCUUGUUUCUUGUUUUUGUUUUGUUGUUGAGAUGAGANCAAUACCCCGGAGACCCUCUUGUUCUAGAAAUAUUUCGGAAGCAUGGUAGGUCAAGGUCGACCGGGACAUCUACGUAGAACGUGUGUAGCUUCUGGAAACCUUCUGGAAACCUCUGGAACCUUCUGUAAGCUUCUGGAAGCGUUCUAGACCGAGGUUGCAUUCAAUAGUUUUCUAGAACGUAGGAGGGCUUCCAGAACCAUUCUGCAAUUUUUCUAGUCUAGAUCUUUCGUGUGAUCGUCUUAUUUGUCCGGUAUUCGAGGAGAGUGGUGCAGCCCUAAGCUCGCCACCCCUCUCACUCUCAUCUAGCACCCAUCAAAGCCUGACCAAGGAAUCAGUUGACAAGAACAUCUAUCGAUAUUUCUCUUUCCGAAGCUCGCUCGGACCUAACGAUCUCACAGCAGUGUAACCUCUGUGAUAGACUACAAAGUCUACGAGCUACAGCAGCACCGCCACCUCCGCUGCUGCAGAACGCCACAUUUUGUGAGGUUAUGAGCCUCGCUUUACGCGACACUAGGAGCUGCGGACAUCACGACGGAGGUCAAGACAUCCUACUGCGGACUACAACAUCCGUCUGUGGACCUCGAGCGGAAUCUGGAUUCGGAGACUUGGGAGAUCAUCAACGGUCAGCGGAAACGAAAGUGAGCGCACUACUUGGUCAUCUACACCAAGGGGCUGAGAGUUCAUUAUACACACACGUCACCACUGCUGCAACAGCAGUAGUGGGUACCUCUGUGGUGAACAAACAGCAAAGUGUUGCGCGGGAAGCCUCGAUUUAGACAUUGAGCAAAUACUUCUGCGGCGGAGACAGGAGGGAAGACUGUAUCAACAGCGAAAGUCGACCGGGAACCGUAGUCCUAUUCACCGAUUCCCUAAGUGAGGAAAGGGUAUCAGGAGCGGGGUCGCAAAUUGGCCUACAACCGGAGUUCUAUUCACCAAUUCUCUAUCUAGGUGAGAAAAGGGUUUCAGCAACGGGGUCACGAAUCGGCAACCGGAGUCCUCUAUAUCAAUAGACGGAGCGGGGCUGGAAAAACACAGACAGCUGAGUAGACUAACACACCAACAAAAAUACGACUUCUUCAGAUCGUUUCGGUGGCUACACAGGUGGCCAUAUCUCGGCAAGUGCAGAGGUACAAGCUCGCAUUGCGCGGGCGUCAAGACGCCGAAAACAGGCGAACAAGAUCGACCUCGGACCAGUCAACGCCAAUGAUAUGGGGAUGGAGUGUAGACGCAUCGUAGAACGCGUUUUCGUUUGAAAUUGGCGUCUUGUUUGAGAGUAGAUGUGACAGAUUUGCGUAGAAUAGGGUAAGAUGUUAUCAUGAACGGAGAUGAAAGGGCUUUUCCAACACGGAGAUGUAGCAUGGAUCAAAGCAUUUGUUGGAUUUCAGCUUUUACAAGCGGACAUCAACGCAGUAGUAUUUUAGCAAGCUUACGAACGCAUAUAGGAUACCAUCAGGAUU